AGUUUAUUCCGUACAAAAGAUUCCAAAAUAUUAAGCGUAUUGGUGAAGGUGGAUAUGGGAUUGUGGAAUCUGCUGAAUGGUUAGAUGGAAGAAUUAUUUGUUGGAAUAAUGAUAUUAAGGAUUGGGACAGGUUUAAUAAAAAAACAGUAGUUAUAAAAACUUUGCAUAAAUCAGAAAAUUUAAACCAAGAAUUUUUUCAAGAAAUAGAUGCUCACUUUAAAUUAGCGGAAGAAGCUUAUGUUACAAAAUGUUACGGAAUCACUCAAAAUCCUGAAACGAACAAUCAUGGAAUUGUUAUAUCCUAUGCUUCAUCAGGAUGUCUUCGAAAAUAUUUGACCGAUCAUAAGUUUAUUGACUGGAGCACAAAAUUAUAUAUUGUAAUCCAUAUUACCGGUGGUCUUGAGCGAAUUCAUAAAGCUGGUCUGGUCCAUCAUGAUCUCCAUCCAGGAAAUAUUUUGGUUAAUUUUAACAAUAAUGAAUGGACUCAAACGAAAAUACCUGAGUAUUUAACCUGGGUUGACACAAAUCACACUCAGAUUGCGGAUUUGGGAUUAUGUAGAUCUGCUAAUAAAAAGGAGGAGGAUGAAUCUCAUGGUGUUAUUUAUUACCUCGCACCAGAGGUACUACAAGGAAAACCAUAUACACAAGCAGCAGACGUAUAUGCAUUUGGUAUUCUUUUUAAUGUAAUAGCAUCAGGAAAACCACCAUUCAGUGGGGAUCGACACAAUCCAGAAGCCUUUAUAGCAAAAGUAGUAGAAGAACAUUAUAGGCCAGAUAUUCCAGCGCAUGUACCAAAUUUUAUCGGAGAAAUAAUUAACAAUUGCUGGAAGCAUGAUCCUCAAGAACGACCAAAAGCAGAUUAUCUGAAUAACACCUUGUAUAAAUAUUGGUUGGAUUUUUAUGAAAAAAAAGAUAAUGAAAUAACCAGAAAAUGUAAAGAAUCUGAUGAAGAAGCCAAAGCUUUUGCAAGCUCCAACAUAUCGAAUCAUUUUGAUGCUCGAUACUAUAGUAGUAAAUAUAAGAAAUAUAACGAUAA